GCGUGAUCAGUAGCCUCAGUAGACUCAGUAGCGCAGGAGCAAGUACUGGGAGUAGUUGGUAGGCGAGCAGUUUCUUUUUCUUCCCCCGAAUCUGAACAUCGCGCCUCGUCGUCUGAAAGACGAACGGCUGGUAAGCCAGGAAGAAUACCCGACUGCCGUGCUUCCGCGUAUAACGUGCCCGAAAAAUGUAAUAUGGCGAUGGUCGCGUCGAACAUGAGUGGCCACAUACAGAAGCAGCUCACCAGGAGUCUCGAGCGGAUCCUGGAAGAGGCACACUUGAGCGGCGAGCUGAAGCUUAGCGGUCGGAAGCUUAAGGACUUCCCAAAGGUCGGGAAAACGGGAUCUAGCAAAUACAAUCUACAGGACACGGUCAUCGCCGACCUCUCGAAGAACCGUUUCACCGAUUUGCCGGAAGAGGUGACGGAGUUUCUGUUCCUCGAAAAGUUGUAUCUCUACCACAAUGCCAUAAGAAUAAUACCGGAAACUGUGGCGAUGCUGCAGUCGCUCAACUACCUCGAUCUUAGUCGGAACCAAUUGACGUCUCUACCUCGGGAGAUAUGCAGACUGCCGCUGCAAACGUUGCUGGUCGCUCACAACAGAUUGGCAUCGUUGCCUGACGAAUUAGGCAGGAUGUCGGCGUUGGCUGAGCUCGAUGCUGGAUGCAACGAGAUUGCGAACCUGCCGCCAAGAAUGGGUGACCUCGCGCGACUUCGGUCCUUGGACUUGAGGAGCAACAUGAUCGUGCACCUGCCUAUAGAACUGACGUACCUGAGACUUGUGAAGCUGGAUAUAAGCGGGAACCGAAUAUCUGUGCUUCCGAACGAGAUGAGGAAGAUGAAGAGUCUGGUCGACUUUCGACUCUCAGAUAACCCUUUAACUUCGCCACCUGCCUCGUUAUGCAUUCGCGGGCGAACGCACAUCUUCAAAUAUCUGGAGAGACAGGCGGCGAAACACGAGAGAGCGAGAGGGGUUCGAGCUAGGAGAACACCCCUGGACGUGAGGGGUCAUGCGACCUUGGACACGAGGGCGCACAGACGGCACAACGUCGACAGCGGUUACAGCACCAGUGACGGCGUCGACAAACGCUGGUCGCAAGAAAUACACAGCGCGGUGCACGAUGGUGAGAUUCGAGGACUUUGGCGUCAAGAGUGUUCACCCCUUUCUAUCACGCUUCCUCACGAGACGGGCGUGAACGGUUCGUGCAGCGGGACGUCAACUCCUAGUACCAUCUCACCCGGCGAGCACACGUCCCUCGAGGAUGAGCUCGGCAAGGCGAUGAUACUGCACGAUCAAUUGGAAAAGAGAAAAUUGGAAAGGAGUACCUCGGAGAACGGCGCGGACAUCAGAAGACCUAUGACCUCUGGCCUCUAUCACGCAUCGAUCACGCCGCCUGGACCCCUCGAAUCCACUCAUCUGACAAUGAAUCAAGUUACGUCGACGCCCUCGACGAACACGCAAUCGGUACAGCCGUUGCAAACAUCUAAUGCGAACGCUACCACCCUAAUGAAUGGGGACGAGAAAAGGCCUCUCAAUCAUAUACAAACUUACAGAGAGUACAAAGAGGCGUUGAGACAACAAAGGGCGAAUGAGGGCCCGAGCGUGUACAGGCCACGGGAGCAAGUCACACCUCCUGGUAACGAUUCACAGGUCGUACAGAACAACGAGACAGACUUAACCGGGAACAAAGAUGGUGUUACGAUGACCGGUAAACAAAUAUUCAACGAGGAGAAUGCGACCAAGAGACCAGUACAGAAGGUGACUCCAUCCCGCAUUAACUAUCAGAAUGCGGCUAUCAUAAAUGGCAGUAACAACGAAUAUAACAAUAAAAACGGGAAAUAUCUUGAGCAACCGUAUAAGAAGCCUAACUCACCAAUCAAAACUUCUUCGAGUAUCCUAUCUUCCAGUACUAGCCCCAGUCACACGCCCAGACUGGUUAAAACUGCUGUCGGUUACGUGGAAGGUAACAAAAGUCCCAGCAGGAAUGGCGGAAGUCCAAAAUCAUCUCGAUCGGUUACUUGGAACACGAACGUGCCAGAGAAAUAUUCGUUCACCAUGAGAAGAGAAUUCGAACGCGCGAAGGAAGAAGCUGAUCUGAUCGAACAACUUCGAAAUCACAUCGAAACACGGUUAAAGAUGGCCCUUCCGGAAGACCUCGCCCCGGCACUUACGGACGGCGUCGUGCUCUGUCACUUGGCAAACCAUGUCAGACCUCGGUCUGUUGCCAGCAUUCAUGUUCCUUCGCCAGCUGUGUUUGAUCACGAUCCCCAGCCGAAGCUGACGAUGGCAAGGUGCAGGCGUAAUGUCGACAACUUCCUCGAAGCAUGUCGAAAGAUCGGCGUCGAUGAGGAGGUGUUAAUGGACGCGGACGCAAUCAUGGACGUGGGUUACAUGGAUGCGUACGGGCUGGAGGCUCUGGCGCGUCUCGUUUCCGUUCUACUCCCUCUCCGCGACGAAAGAACAAACGUUCGUGAAGAAUCGGCUCCAGGUUCAUCCCAUACGAUUCAGGAUCGCGUACUAUCCGCGAUGCUUCUCGUCGCAUUCCUAUCCUCCCUCGUUCUGCUUUAUCUGUUCCCUGUUCCCGAUUAAAAACGAUACUAUCCCGUUUCUUUUCUAUCCCUCAUUCCCUCUAUUUUAAAAAAAGACCCUAACGAGCGACCAAGACGAGAACGCCAGAGUGCAAUACGAUGGAACGAACGACGCUCGCCAAGAUAUUAACGCACGGUCGAAGAUUACUUUGGGAUUAUGCGUGACUUCAACGUAUCUUUUCGGGACGCGAGGCGGCUCGGAAAACGAAAAUUUCCAAUCUAUUCGCAAUAAUAGUGACCCCCAAUAUGAGAUUUUGUACUGCUUAUUUAUUACUUAUUUGGGCUUUUCUUCGAAGACAUUCCUCGGAAUCAUGUUGAUAUGAUGAAGUAUCCAAUUCGUUUACCGAGUCGCUGUCGAUCGAACCGCUGCACGGCACUCUGUUUAAAUCCAUCAGGCGCCACUUAUAUUAUAAUUAGCAUUCCUAGAGCGGCACGGUGUUUUUCUACUUAUUUUGCUUUUACUUUGUAUCUCGUUCGCUUUGCCGGGCAAAGGAACGGGGUCUAGUGUCGCGCAGAAUCGUACCCCUUCCGGUACCGAACUGCGAGUUUAUUUCAAGCAUGAUACUAUUGUCAAGAAAACUGCGUUGAAUUUACGUAUCGUUGACAAAAAGUGUCUCAUUCUUCUGGUUAGGGUUCCAGUUUUUACUUUGUUGUUUUGUUUACAAAUUGUUAGUAAAUUUGUCGAAAUUGUUGUUCUAUCUAAAAGGCAGCCGAGCGCUUUGCUUUGUACAUAUAUAUUCGUUUUGGUUUUUAUACUACGUGUGACAGGGUUGUCCAUUUCUUUGGUUGUGGCUCGAGCAAAACGCUUGAAACAAGUACGUAGGUAUUCGAUAGUUUCUAAAAAUUAUGGAGGCAGCUUGAUCGUAUAUUUAGAUCGCAUAGUUUAUAGUAAUCGCUAUUCAGUAGUGCGUAGGUUAAACGUUUUUCGUUCUAAUGCAUUAAGGCCUUUGACGAGGACACCAGUUCUCGCCGUUAAAUAUUCGUUUAAUUGGGUAAAAUGAGAACGUGAAAUCAAAGAGCGUAAUCAAAGCCUAAGUCGACGCUCGCAUAUCAAAUUCGCCUAUGGGUACCGGUAUCUUGAAAAAUUGAGAAUCGUCGGGCAGGAUCUGUCGAAAACAUAGUAUUUUGUUGUGUGAGAGUAUUGAAGGGAUAGUGGUCAAAUUGAUGAAUCGGUGUGUCGAAUACUUGUUCAAGAAACUCUCUGAAGUCUCAUAUCUAAUAGUCUUGGAUUUAGAUCACGCAUCUCGAUAAAAGACGCUAAGCAGAAUCAUGAAAACCGAAAGAUAUAGCUUCAGGUGUUAAAAAAUUUUUCUCGAUAUUAGGAAUCAAGGGAAAAGCAGAUUAUUAACUGGUAUUGCGACAUCAUCGAGCGUGUGUAACAUGUCUCGAAAUUAUCGAGACGAUGAAGAAAAACGAAGAAAUGAUCUAAGGUGUUAUUUUUUUAACAUUCGACCAAAUACAAAUCGCCUACAGCUCUUUCAGGAUUGAUGGGUCUGUGAUAGGUAGCCUUCGAGUACUACAGGAUUAGCAACAAGGUGCUAGAAAUCUCAUUUUUAAGUUCGAAGAUUUCCUAUUUUGGUACACGUAGGUUUACGACGCAUUACGUGAAAAAGAACUUUUUAUUCUAUUUUAUUUUUCUCAUCGUUUAUUGAACGUCAUCAACAGUAUUGCGUCCCUCUCCGACAAAUUUUCUUUCUCUAUCUCUCAAGCACUCGAAACUUUCGUUUGGGGAGGAAUGAAAAAAGGUAGAAACGAGAGCACUUACACUUCACCGAUUAAGCAAAUUCGGUCGUAGCCUAAGAUAAUCUCCAUAUUUUCAUAUAAAUGCGUAUAGCGAGAGAAGUACAUAGACGAAUUUUCUGUCUGUAAUUCAUUAGACACUUGAUCGAACUCGUUCAUUAAAUUCAACUUUUCAUAUACACGUAAGGCGAGACCGUAAAAAAUAAUACCAUAAUUUAAUAUUCUCUGUGAUACACGUAUACAAGUUUUUAUUAAUUCCUGUAUAAAUAAGUGAAUCAAAUCUUAUCUUGCCAGUUUCAAUCUCAAUUUCAGUUUGUCGAAUGUCUGAUGAAUUAUGGGCGGGAAUGUGGAAUCGUUUAGAAUAUGCACGCGUCUAACUUAUUCUAACGUAUAAUAUUCGUACGAUAAGGUUCAUAUUGUAUAUGUACUUAAGGAGGAGGAACGGGUCGCUCGCAUUGAAUCAGAUAGAUCCGCAGACAUUUUUUCGCUCUUCCGGUUGUUACUUCACGCGCAAAGUUGUUUCACAGUAGUGUAGGUGCCAAACUGGUCAGGCAGACGAACUUGCCGUCGCGGCUCUGUUUCUCCGAGAUGCUUUCAUAUCGCAAAUUUACUUUAGCUCUCACGUGCAUUAAAUCUAUUCGUAGCUCCAAUCUAUCAUACGGAUUGGGCUUCGGACAUGUUUAACACACGUUCAAAACGCACAAAGGAAUUUUUGCCAAAAGGAUCCAUGUUGAUUCUGUUAUAUACGACUUACAAUCUAUAACUAAAGUAGGAUCUGUUUUCUUUUAGCAUUGAUACUUUCCACAGAAAAACUUCUGUACUGUUACAUGCUUCUCGAGUUAUUGGUAACUAUGCCAAUAAUAUUCAAUUCACUAUAAAGGACUGCAACGUUUACAUCUUCCAGGUUGUUUAUUGCUUAAUCCUUUGCGUAUGUUAACUCGAGAACUAAAAAAAUCAAUUCCAUUUUAUAGAGUCCUGAUGAAAGAUGCAACAGUUUAAAAGAAAAUUGAUUUUAUUUAUGUUAAAUUAUUGAUUAAUACGCGUUGUGCAUGUACUUUCGUUCACAAAGGGUUAAGCCUCAUUACGUUUUCUAGUCCUCGGUAUUAACAAUCUACUUAUCUAAUCGGUUAAGUUGAAUAAUCCUCGGUUCUAGUCAGUUCGACUCGUAUAUUUUUAUUACACUGGUGACUUAAUUAAAGCAUAAUCGUCUGUUUUUGUUCCUCCCGUUUCUUCCUAUUCGCUUCCGGUCGUCGACUAAUGGCGACAAUCGUAUCAGUAUUAUUUCUUUAUCACGUUCGGGCGAGGUACUUAUAUGUAAUUGCAUCGAAUUAAGAAUCGCAACCGUAAGACUGUUUCUUAUCUCUCACUUUUAGUUUUACCGUUAGUCCAUUUUACGCUGUAACGCAUGUUUUUCUUUUUUAACUUACCCUAUGAUUACGGAGCUGUCGCUUCCGCAGAUAGAGGCUCGUUUUAUUAAAUUUACUCGCUGAAGGAUGAAAAUAAAAAAACAGAUGCGCGGACAAAAAAUGAAACAGACCGAACAUACUCGAGAUCAUUCCGUUGCAUUAGCUUGUAUACUUGUAUAAUUUUUGUAAAGAACAGAGAGAAACAAAGCGUAUAUAUACAUAUAUAUAUUAUAUAUAGAUAGAUUAUAUUAUAUUAUUAUAUUUGUAUAGGUACAUCAUACUGUACUGUAUGAGGUCGGAUACGUUGAGAAGCUACUUUUCUCUUUGGUUGUUUCUUUUGUCUCAGAUUGUACUUAAGCUACAAAAACUCUCGUUGCAGGAACGAGCGUAAAUGAAUUUCGAUUUUCGAAUUCGGUGCUGCGUUUAUUUUUUAUCUUGUUGAUUUUUUAGGCUUGUGCUUCUUUCUCUGAUUAUCUUGAGCAAGGGAGGAUUAUUUUAUUUACUAUUAAAUUCAUGUUCCUUCGAACGAUCGUGUUUAAAUCAAAUUCGAAUACGAAUUUAUUGUUUAUUUUUUUUUGCUAAAACGGCAAUAAUUAAUAAGCUGAAUACGAUCGCCUUAUCUUUAUCUGUUUCCAUUUUUGUACGAUCGAAUCUGAAUCGCUGUGUACAUUACAACAUAACUCCAUUUAUUUAUCACUUAUGAUUUGGUAAACCGAAAACCAAAAUCAUGCAAAGAAACCUCAAUAAUCUUUUAUUUGAAUAACAAGUUACACAUAUGUGUUCAUUAAAGGGAAGAGCCAAAACUUUUUGGCGGUUUUAGAAGCAUUAGUUAAUGAGAACUUUUAAUCAAUGGAUAAAUGGAGUUCUUCUGUAGACGUGAAAACGUCUAGCUUUGCAAUGAUCCCAUGCAUAGUUUUUAUAUCGCAGAACGCACGAUAAACUAAUUACACUGCCAGGUCGAUUUGAUCGAUUCCGAAAUCGACACUGCCUACAUUCUUGCCUCGAUUCCCAUUUUAUUAUUACUUAAUUUAUACGGCGUGUGAUAUAAUGAACGAAACCGUGUUCCGUGAUUCGGAGAACAAUCGUUGGGAACGAUACGAUUUUACAGAGACGUAAAAGUUUGUAACAUCGAUUGUACGACUAUCAUAAACGAUUGUAAUAAUUCUAUUUCCACUGAUAAUAAAAUAUUCUUUUUGGUACAAAAACGA